AUGAUUCAAUCCAACAUUGCCCCGAGAACUAUACAAGACACCAUGAUGCCCGAGGCCAAAGGGAUCAAGUACGACGAAUGCGAAAUGGCGUUGUUUCGGGCCAAGCUAUCAUACCAUGCCACUAUCGAUGAAAGGCUAGCCUCCCAAAACUCCAAUCUCACAUCGAUUGCCGAGGCCCAGGCAAAAAUCCUCAAAGGCUGGGAAAUACAAAUGCAAAAGGGGAGGGAUCUAACGGGCAAAGACGAGGGUCGCUCUGCAAAUGAUGUGAGGGCAAUGGCACAGUUUGAGUGGAGAUACUUGGCGUUGGAAAACGCGGCGGUUAAGGGCUCGGGGAAAGGUUGA